GCAUUUACUUUCAUGGGGGAAGAUACAUGCCUAUAUAACCACGGUGUUCCGCUUAUUGAAUCAAGUAAAGCGAGUUUUCUUACAGCAAGGAAACAAGAGUUUGCGCCCGGUCCCCGAACGGGUGGCAUUCGGAAAUCAUGAAAUUUCGCCCGAGAUGCACAAUUGCACUUGUGGCGCUACUGCUUCAAGUUGCUUUUGUUAGCAGUAAGGCGCUCAAUCAAAAUACUGGGACUUUACAAGGCCCAUGGCAGAUUCAACAAGGAGAUAAUAAGGUGAUCCAAAAGAGAUAUGAUCCAGGAGCUGAUUCGGGACAUGGUGACCAUCACGACCAUCAUGAUCAUGGAUACUGGAAAAAAAAGCUAAUCUGGAAGCCUGGUUGGAAAAAGGUAUGGAAACCAGCUCAAAAACAAAUUCGGAAGCCAGCGUGGAAAAAAAUUUGGAAGCCCGUUUGGGAGCCAACACAACGAGCUGUAUGGAAAGAAAUUCAAGUGCCAGCUUGGAAAAAAAUUUGGAAACCAGUUUGGAAAGAAAUUCAAGUGCCUGCGUGGAAAGAAAUUCAAGUGCCAGCGUGGAAAAAAAUUUGGAAACCUGUGUGGAAGCCAAUUAAGGUGCCUGGUUGGAAAGAAAUUCAAGUUCCAGACUGGAAAAAAGUGUGGAAACCUAUUUGGAAAGAAAUCCAAGUACCUGCAUGGAAAGAAAUUCAAGUUCCAGCAUGGAAAAAAAUUUGGGUUCCUGAGUGGAUUAAGGUUGGAGUUCCCGGAGAGCAUAACGUUGGGACGGAUCAUCACGGAUGGCAGUAUACAAGUCAUGAUCUUUGGAAAAAGAAAUUGAUUUGGAAACCCCUUUGGAAGAAAUAUUGGAAGCCAGCGAAGAAGCAGAUUUGGGUACCAGACAAAAAACUCGAAUGGAAGGAAGAGUGGAAACAAAUAUGGAAACCAGCUAAGAAACAGAUUUGGUUGGAUGAUAAGAAGCUUGUUUGGAAAGAAGAAUGGAAACAAAUUUGGAAACCAGCUAAAAAACAAAUUUGGGUUCCAGACAAGAAACUAGAGUGGGUUGAAGCGUGGAAACAGAUCUGGAAAACAGAGAAAAAACAGGAAUGGAUACCAGAUAAAAAACUAGCUUGGAAAGAAGAUUGGAAACAAAUUUGGGUGCCUGCAUGGAAAGAGAUUUGGGUACCUGAUUGGAAGAAAAUUUGGAAGCCCGUUUGGAUCUCGGAAUGGUUUCCAGCAGAAGAUCAUCAUCAUCAUCCUCCUCAUGAUGGAGGAUGGGAAGAUCGCAAGGAUGGAGGAGAUGAAAAUCAAAACCAACGAUUAGCUAGACAAAGUCCGGUACCACAACAACACGCCCAACAGCUACAAGUACAACAAGGCUCUACUCCACUUGCAUCAAUUACCGCGGAUUUAGUUCCGCCAGUAUCAAACCAACAAUCAACUUGGAAGCUUCCAACCCGUUAAUAGUUAAGAUUUGUUGAGCUUGUGCGGACGAUGUAUUCUUAAUAACAAAUCAACAUUUGUAAUAUACGCCGAUGUACAUAUAACUACUGAAAUUUAAUAAUGAGGAGAGUUGUACAACCAAAAAAUACGAAAUCUUCUUGGUGUACUCUCUUCUGUUAAUAUUAUUAUUAUUAUUAUUAUUAUUAUUAUUAUUAUUAUUAUUAUUAUUAUUAUAUUAAUAUUAUUUUUAGUAUUAAUGCAUUAUUGUUUUUUAUUUGUUUACAAAAAUACGUUUAUUGUUAUCACGAUUGUUAAUUGAUCUAUUUUUUUUUGUUAUGCGAAUAAAUUCGAACAAUAUUUCGUUGAUAAA